AAACUUUAACUCAAAAGUUGUUGUGACUCGCUCAAUAACUGGGUUUUCCUGUUGAUUCAGAGAUGUAGCAAAAGCUAAAGCGUUUUUACAGCGCUCCUCGAUGACUACACUUAAAGAAUUGUGUGUCAAAUACUAGGAUUUUUAUCUAUAAUGAAGAAGUUCAUCAUUUUCUUCCUCUGCGUGCCUUUGGUUUACUCAGGAAUGCACAGCUUCAUCACCACUUACACUGAAAUAAAUGGACAGACGACUGCAGGAAUCCCAGAGUUUUCUGCUGUAACGACACUGGAUGGACAACAGAUCGAUUAUUAUGACAGUAACAUAAAGAAGCUGAUUCUCAAACAGGACUGGAUGAAGGAGUUUGCAUCUACAUACAUGUGGAAGGUCUACACUGAUAUCAGAGAAAAACAACAGCAGAUCUACAAAAUCUACAUUCAUGUUCUAAUGGAGACAUUCAAUCAGUCACACGGUCUUCAUGCGUAUCAGAGGAUGUAUGGAUGUGAAUGGGAUGAUGAGACUGGAGACUCACAUGGGUUUGAUCAGUACGGUUAUGAUGGAGAGGAUUUCAUCUCACUGGACCUGAAGGAGAACAGAUACACUGCGUCUGCACAACAGGCAACAACCACAGCGAUGAUGUGGAAUAAUGAUAAAACACAGCUGGAAUUUCUGAAACAAUACUUGCGAUAUGAGUGCGUUACCUGGCUGAAAGAGUUAUUGAUGUUAAGGAAAGCAGAUUUAGAGAGAAGAGCUCCUGAAGUGUCUCUGUUACAGCAGAAUCUCUCUUCUCCGGUAGUGUGUCAUGCCACAGGUUUCUACCCAUCAGGAGUGAGCAUUACCUGGUUAAGAAAUGGAGUGAAUCACUAUAAUGAUGUGGAACUAGGAGAGCUUCUGCCAAAUGAGGACGGGACCUUCCAGAGAAAAUCUACCCUUUGUGUUUCUCCAGACGAAUGGUAUAACAACCAGUUCACUUGUGAGGUGGAGCACGAGGGAAAAACCAUCCAGAAGACUCUGACUGAGGAUGAGAUCAAGAGCAACAACAGUAAGCUGUUAUUAAUAAUGCGGUAA